AUGUCCGAACCAACCGCCACCACCAUCGAGGCAACUCAACCUGACCCAACCGAGCAUACCACUCCCACGCCUACCAAACGCACUCCCGAGGAACACGCCCGCCUCCUAGCCCUGCACACCUCCUACCCACCCAUCUGGCUAACCCCCACAAUCACCCUCGGACCCUGGUUUCCCACCGACCGCGAAACCCUCGUCGAGUACCUCAACGACGCCCGGAUCCAUUCCUACCUCUGUGGACCACCUUUUCCUUACACCUUGGAGAAUGCUGAUUUUUGGCUUGGGAUGCAGGUCGACAGGAUGACGGAGAAGGGGACGCCCUUGGAUUUCUGUUUCAGGGAUAUGAGUAGAGGCGGGAGGGCGGUGGGUAGUAUAGCAGUAUCGAAUGGGAGUGACGAUAUCCUUACUGGAGAUGAUAUCGGGUACUGGCUGGCACCAGAGUACCACGGCCAAGGCCUAAUGACAAAAGCCCUGCGCCUCCUCCUCCACCGCGUCUCAAUGGUCGAAGCCGGAAAACGUAAAUUCAACGCCCACGCCUUCAUUGGAAACUACGCCAGUCGUCGGAUCAUGGAGAAGGUUGGGUUUGUGGUUCAGGAAGGGGAAGGGUGGGAGAGAACCGUUGUGAAGAAUGGGAAGGAGAUUCGGAUGUGGGUGCUGAGGUUGAGUGUUUCGGAUGAGGAUGUUGAAAAGUGGGAGUUGGUUGAGGAGGCUGAACCUUUGGAUUCUCUGGUGGGCUAG